AUGGUUUGGCUCAACCAAGCCGCCCUCUUCCUGGGCAGCGCGCUGCUCGUAGCAGAUGUGCUCCCCGUCGGAGCCGUCCGCACCAUCAUCCCCAAGACGAGCUUCGACUCCCAGUCUAACUUCGACGCCGACUGGAACUACCUCUACCCCUGGGGCACCGACCACAACGGCGGUGCUCGCAUGACGAAGGACAACGUCAAAUUCAGCGGCGGAACCUUGACCAUCACAGCCAACAAGGUCAGCGGACAGCCGCAGGCGACGCAUGGCGGGCAAAAGAUCAACAUCAACUACCUAAGCGGAGCGAUCCACGCAAAGGAGCACUUCAACGUCUCGCGUGGGGGCGGGUAUGACUUCAGCGCCGAGAUCAAGGCGACGACGACAAAGGGCACGUGGCCCGCCUUCUGGCUGACAGCCGUCCAGGGGUGGCCGCCAGAAAUCGACAUGGCGGAGUGGAAGGGCAGCGGCAAGGUCAGCUUCAACACAUUCAACACAAGCUCCAUCGUCGCCGCGAAGGACGUGACGUACCCCAGCCCGGGCAACUUCCACUCGUUCAAGUGCGAGACGAGGGACUUGAACGGCAAGGACGUGCAGGCCAAGUUCUACAUGGAUGGCAACCUCAUCACGACGCAGGUGGGCGCCGGGAUCAUCAACUUGCAAAUGGAGGGUUCCUCCGGUUCGCCCGGCCCAACGAGCAACACGGAAUAUCAAGUCCGAAACCUCGAGGUGCUGAGUUACAAUCCUUGAAAUGACGGAACGAAUGAUUCGAGCGAAGCGUCACAGUUCAUGGGCACAUUAUGCCUUUCAUUUUCCCUGUAUCUAUUUCAUAACUGGGAGCACGCUCCACGUACAUAUCUUGCCAUCAAAUAGGAAAUAUCAUGGAUGGCACUGUCAGAGGCAGCAGUUGAAGACCUUGAGUCAUCUACCAGCUUGUGACAAUAGUUGACCAUCGCACGAUCACGUCUACGGCUGUCAGGUCUUCAAUGUCAGUAUCAUGAGCGAAUAUGUGUGUUGCCAGGGCACGAUCCUUGUCAGUCUUUGCUGCAAU